AUGAGCACAUCUUGGACGUACAACUGUUCAGGCCCAUCUCCCGAAUGGAUCGCCAACAGUGAUAUCACAGGCACCGGUGUUGUCUUCAGCUACAUCAUAACAGCCGGAAUAGUGGUCGUGGUUCUUGCACUAUACUACUUUGUUGCAUAUGAUCCCUCUCAUGAUCCAUUUUUAGGGUCCAAAAGGAACAGUGUAUCCAGGGCCUUUUACCCUAAUCCAGUGGACGCACUUAUACUCGAGGAUUCGAGACGUACAGCAAUAUCUUUUCUGGGUGCAUUUGGCUGCGUUCCCAUCAAUAAUACCAGUUUUGAGGAAGCAUUUAUCAGGUGUAUCAUCGCUUUCAGUGACAUGCAGCUCUUGACUGGUUAUUCAAUACUUAUCAGUGGCUUUUCGCAGCUUGGCUCUGGUCUACAAACAUUCUACUGGCAAGUUGUCAUAGGUCUGACCUGGUUUUCUACCAUUACACAUCAAUCUUGCCUGACGGCGUUGCGCAAUCACCUUUAUCUUCACUCCUCUGAGCGUACAUGGCGGCUAGCUGCCAUGGCUACAUUGUGCGUUCUCUUGGCUAUUGGCCUAGGAUUUACUGCAAACUAUGAUUGGGCCUUUAGUACCGGCAAGAACGAGCCGAAUUACGGGGAUGCCGCGAUAUGCUAUAUUCGAAUUAGGUUGCCAUUGGGACAAGCUUUCUAUACUAUGCUAAUCUCAGUCCUGCUUAUAACCUUUUCAUUCGUGGUGCGCAUUGUCAAGCUCUAUCGAUUCCUUUCAGUGGAUAUUUUCACCAGGGCAAGGUCGAGGGUCAGCCACUGGACAUAUACAAGCUUACGGAUCGUGCAUGACUGGUCAGAUUCAUCAGCCCAACCGCCCUGCUUGAAGUGUAUGGUCUGCUAUUAUCCAUUAUUAGCAGCUAAGCUAUCGGCGGAUCUGCUUGUCGAUGGAUGGACGUCUGUCUUCAUGGAGAUCUUCUGGGUAGCUGUGGCCUAUUUCUGGGGUAUUUAUCGGUUGAUUGCCACGCUUCAGAUGAUAGGGAACCCGACUGGAUUUCUCAAUGGGUCGAGCGAUUGGACAUUUGGCCAGGUUAUUGCGAUGCUAUUGCUCGCCGGGCCCCUGAUAACGAUAGUGGAAUCAUUUCACUCCGAUACUGGGCAAGGAAAAUACCAUCCUGCGGAAAAUGCAACUCACGUGCUCUCCGCGCAAAAUGUACCCACGGGACAAACAAUGAUUCCUGCUUCCGGUAGAUCCAGCCCUAUUCUCGCGUCAUCCAGAAACAGUCGGCUUGUUGGGCAUGCCACCUGGCGCUCAUAUCGCAGCACUCUACGUAUGUUCUGUGUCUAUUGCACGCUGAUGUCAUUUCCAAUGUUGGGACUUCUAGUUCUUGCUGCUAUAGGACAAGGUUCUUUCACAGGGGCAUUUGUCACGCUGGGCGCGGGUCGUUCAUGUUACUUCUUUCUCUUGAUUCCACUGAUUGGCCUAUGGGAGAUGAUUCUCUUAUCGCUCGCAUUCGAUGAGUUAUUGAAUGGGCGGAAGCGAUGGGAAAGAGUUACCCUGUGGCUUCUUAAUACCUCUGUCUGCCCUUCCUCUUGUCUAUUCUGGAUGCUGUAUUUCUUUUAUAUCGACCAAAGCACGAGUCUUGUCUGGCUAGGUGUUAUGCAAGCAACGCUCUUUGUUGUCUAUGGCCUUGUUGUAACUCUGCGUGCAGUCCUCUCUCCCCAAUAG